AAAUGGCGGCGCCCAUGGUAGGAAGAGUUCUCGUCUUCCUUGUGUUAGUUUUUCAAGUUUAUUGUUGGAUUCCAAGGUUUAUAAAUGGUCGCCCGAGGGGUGGAAUGUUAGGGGCUCCUAAUGUUCCAAAAGGCACACCUACACCGCCCCCACAAUGGUUUGAAAUGCAGAGAUUGGACCAUUUUGAUGGAACAAAUAACAAACAUUGGCGACAGCGAUACUUUGUCAACGACACCUUCUACCAGCCCGGCGGUCCUAUCUUUCUAAUGAUUGGAGGGGAAGGACCAGCAAAUCCGAUCUGGAUGGUGGAGGGGGCAUGGAUCGUGUACGCCAAGCAGUUCGGGGCCAUAGCUGUUAUGUUGGAGCAUAGAUACUACGGUGAAAGCCACCCGGUGCCGGAUCUGAGCGUAGAGAACCUUCGCUUCCUGUCCAGCCGGCAAGCGCUUGCUGAUCUUGCUGAGUUCAUUGACUACUUCCGGGUAAAGCGGAAACUGCCGACCAACAAACUAAUUUCGUUCGGAGGCUCAUAUCCAGGUUCUCUUUCUGCUUGGUUCCGAUCGAAGUACCCACAGUACGUUGACGGUGCCAUCGCCACCAGUGCUCCAAUCUAUGCCCAAGUGGAUUUCCCAGAGUACCUUGAAGUGGUCACCGACGCGUUAAGAACAACCGGCACCCAAUGUGGGGACGCAAUUCGGAAUGCUACUGACACCAUGGCCUCCUGGCUCGGGAGCGCCGACACACGGGCAACGUUGGAACAGAAAUUUCAGUUGUGUGACAAGAUUGACCCAACCAACACCCUUGACAUAGCAGGACUGUUCGGUAACACAGCGGGAAACUUCGAGGACGUUAUCCAGUAUAACAAGGACAACAGGGCCUUUGAGGGAGCAAUUGGCACUGAUAUUACGUUGGACACCCUUUGCGGAAUAAUGAACGACUUUACCCGCGGUACCCCGCUACAGCGUUACGCUGACGUCAACACGCUGAUAAUGAAGACGUACGGACAAAAAUGCCUGGAUUAUACGUACACUAAAAUGAUAUCGGACAUGCGUCAAACGGAUUGGAAAAGCGGAGCCGGUGAAGGAGGACGACAGUGGAUGUAUCAGACGUGUGCAGAAUUCGGAUGGUACCAGUCAUCGGACUUCUCCAAACAACCUUUCAGUUUCUUAUUCCCGCUUAAUUAUUCUCUGGUCCAAUGCCAAGACAUUUACAAUAAGUCUCUGGAUGCGUCGACGGUGUACGAAAAUGUACGGGAUACUAAUCGGUACUACGGUGGACGGGGUAUAGCCAUUACCAAGGUGGUAUUUCCCAAUGGCUCCAUUGACCCCUGGCAUGCGAUGGGCGUGACUCAAAACAUUUCUAGCGAGGCAACUGCUAUCUACAUUGAAGGUACUGCACACUGCGCAAACAUGUACCCCGCAAGAGAUCAGGACCCACAGCAACUUACAGACGCCAGGACCAAGAUCUCAUCCCUCAUUGGAUCCUGGCUUCAAACAAAGUCUUGAAAUGUAUCAGUUGUUAAAUGGCCAUGUUUAUAAAUUUAAUACUUUUGUAACUAAGCAAUAAUGGCACCGGAAUGAGUUAACGUUCUAACUGAUGUAGUCAAAUAAAUUGUCAUGUACCAUUAA